GAUGAAGCCUCCAUUGUCCGUCCAUCAUCGACUUUGUUGUCGUUCUUUGACCUCGUCAGCCACUCUAACCACUCGAUUCUAGUUCCGAUUCUGAUUUCAAGGUCUCCUUUUCUGCCUUACCUUCGAUCGGUACGCUCCGUUCAAUCAAUUGUCUCCACCAAUCAAUUUCCAUCAAGAUUCAUAUACUUCUCAUCACUGACUCAAUCUCUUUCAAGAAGAUUUAGGUUUUGCGUUUCCCUCAAUUUGUGUUUUAAUUGCUAGGGUUACCCAUUCUAUCUCCAAAUUUUUGCGCUGAAUUGCUCGAAAUUCAAAGAUCUAGUUUAAAUUGUUGUGGUUUUAUUGAUUUCUUGCUCAAUUUCUUGGUUCUUUGUGUUUUUGAUUGUUUAUCCUAGGUUUUUUCCAAUUUUUUUUUCUGAAAUUAGAAAAAAAUUAUUAAAGGGAAUCUAGUUUUGUUUGGGGUUCAAGGGUUUGUCGAGAAAAAGAUUUUCUGGGGGCUUUUGUAUUACGAUUGGCGGAUUGGGGUUUUUGGAGUUUCGGGUUUUCUAUAUGGUGGCCGGGAAAUAUGGUGGUUGUUGUGAUAAUGAGUUAAGGGACUGGGAAUGUGUUGUAUCAAGGAAGGAGCUUGUUAAUUCAAACGAGUACAGUCAAGCUAGGAAUGGUAGCCAUGAUAUUGAAUAGGAUCGUGCAUAGGAUGUUAGGGAUAGAAUGAGGGUUAGACAAAAGGAUAUUAAGGAGAAGGAAGUGACAAAUGUUGGGUAUCAUUCUUCUUCUAGUAGGAGUGAUUCUGGUAGUAGUGGGGGUGGAAACCAUGGGCCUAAGCAUUUAAGUUAAGUAGUUAGAAGGUGUAAAUGUUUUUGAAUUGCAGUGAUCAUACUAUCAAACAUAUAAGACAUUUGGAAAUGCUUGUCUAGCUCUGUUGUUCAUAUCAUUGUAGAACAUAGUUCAUCUGAGAGUCUUGGUGUUGAUUUGUCAUUGCCCUUUUUUCAAUUGACAUGGAGAAUGUUGAUCCUCCAACUAUGGAAGGUUUGGAUGCUUUUCUAGCUAUAAGUUCUUUUCCUUGUCAUACUCGGUUUCACUUUUAGUUUUGCCUUUGAAUACUUGGUUUCACUAUGUUUCCUUCUUUUGGAUGUUCUUUCCCCAGAAAAAUAAUGGUUUAACAACAAAUAUGAGUUUGACAUGAAUGGAUCUAUUCCUUCCUAACUUUCAACCUCAACUCAAUGGUUUACUUCAAGGUCUUCAAAGAAGAAUGUUAUAUUUCUAUUUCAUUUUGCAAUUAAGGAGUGUCACCUCAACUACCUUGUUAAUGGACAUAGUUGAUAAUCAUUUUAGAUGCUACUUUGUUUAUUUUUCAUGGUGAAAUUCUUUCAUGAUAAAUCCAUCUUUGUAAA